AUGGCUAGGGAACAGAAUCUACUUCGCUGGUCGUCUCAGUUCUCUGUUAUUCCGUCUCAACACACCCCCAGACUGCCUGGAGAUAAGAUUGUUCUUCCGCAGUCCGCCCUUGAGCAGCUCCUCGCUGCCGCCCCGCUGCAACAGGUAUCUUCAGAUAACCCACCUCGCUCGCAUACAAGGUCCUUUGACCCGUUUAAUCCACAUACUUUCGCCGCCGAGUCCCAAGCCCGCGAAUAUGGUGUCGACCGACAGCACCAAUUACCCCAUCCGCUGACAUUCCGUCUUGUUAACCCCCAAAAUGGUCGAGUAAUGUACGCCGGAAUUCGCGAGUUCUCUGCGCGGGAAAAUGAGAUUGGCCUUAGUUUUUUAUUACGUGAAGCCCUAGGGAUUGAUGAUUAUGAGUUUACGUCCGAGGGGAACCCUGAGCGUGAUGCUCCUAUAAUCACCGUUCACGUCAAGCCAUUGCCCAAGGGUACUUACGUUCGCCUGCGACCACUCGAAGCUGGCUAUGAUCCGGAAGACUGGAAAGCCCUACUAGAACGCCAUCUACGCGAAAAUUACACCACAUUAACAACGGGGGAAGUUCUGACCUUACCUGGCAGCGGGGAGGGUUCAUUUAGAUUUUUGGCCGACAGGGUAGAGCCCGAAGGCGAGGGUAUCUGUGUUGUGGACACCGAUUUGGAAGUGGACAUCAUUGCGCUGAGUGAAGAUCAAGCCCGGGAGACGUUACAGAGACGGCUGACCAAGGCCUCUCGUGUGCCCGGUACUAAAGAAGACACAUCAGUCGGCAGGGUGCUCAAUCUGGGAUCAGAAAUCACUGGGCAGGUGUUCCCGGGUGAUUAUGUGGAUUAUGAGCUCCAAAAAUGGGAUAAUGGAAGCACUAUAGAAAUCAACCUUAAUAGUGAAGAUGACGUGGAUAUUUCCUUGCUCGUGAGCCCGUUUUCUGCUCGCCAAAGAAAUCGUCCGCGGGAGGAUGAGUUUAUCUUUGGUGAGUUGUCGGGCCAGGCACAGAAACAGAUCAGCAUUGCAUCAACCAAUGUGGAAUUGGAAGGGGCUGAGGCAUUGUAUAUAUCGGUACAUGCAUUUGCGUCCAAUGAUCUCAACCAACAAGGUGCGCCGCCUCGAUCGUUACCAUUACCUUAUAGUCUGCAAAUUCUAUCUAGUAUUUCAGCUCCGAAACCCUCAGCACUCUCGACUGUUGAUUCAGAUGCACAUGAUCCGAAUGAUGUCCAAUGCAAAAAUUGUCAACAGUGGGUUUCUCAGCGAACGUUUGUUUUGCAUGAGAACUUUUGUUUUCGGAACAACAUACUCUGUAUUCAAUGCAACAAUGUGUAUCACAAACGUUCCCCAGAAUGGCAGAACCAUUGGCAUUGUCCUCAUGACCCUUCAUAUGGUAACGAUUUGACAAGCCUGCAUAAACAUGACACAAUAUUCCACUCGAAGCAAUCUUGCCAUGCUUGUGGAUUUGACGCAGAUGGACUCCAACAUCUUGCUCAACAUCGAACAACAGCCUGCCCGGCAAAACCUAUCUUGUGUCAGUUCUGUCACCUGGUAGUUCCGCAGCAAGGCGAGUCCGACCCGGAUAUCUAUGAUCCUGAGGUGUUGCUCUCCGGCCUCACCCCGCACGAACUGGUAGAUGGUGGCCGGACGACUGAAUGUCACCUCUGCAACAAGAUCGUCCGGCUGCGAGAUAUGAAAACACACCUCCGCCACCACGACCUAAACCGCCGCUCCCGGCCAACUCCUCAGAUAUGCUUGAAUCAGAACUGCGGGCGUACAAUUGACGGCCGCGGAGUACAAAGUACAAUAGUACCAGGGGCCGACACCUUAGGUCUCUGCAGCAUUUGUUUCGGGCCUCUCUACGUCGACGCGUAUGAUCCGGAAGGUAAAGCUCUCCGCCGCCGCAUCGAGCGCCGUUAUCUCUCUCAAGUAAUGAGCGGAUGCGGCAAACCCUGGUGCCAGAAUGAAUAUUGCAAGACGGGGAAGCAAAAUCGACAACCAGCCUCCGACACACCUGCGUCAAUGAGUGCGGCCUCUAUACUGAACCUUGUGCGACCUAUAAUUGACGGCGCCGAUUUGCAUGGAAAGGGACCGCACACCACACCCUUUUACUUCUGCACUGAUCAAUCGAGUCAGCAACGCCGUGGUAUUGCGGAUAUGCUUGCUGUUGGGGACCAUGAGUCGGCUGGUGGGAGAACAUACGAUUUACCCUGGUGCAUUGCUGCCGUGGAAGCUGUGGGGUGUGACCCUGAUAAAGCACAGGAGUGGCUGGAAAACUGGGCUCCUGCUCGAGGGGAGGGAGCUGGAGAUUUCAAAGCAUAG